CUGUUAGUGGUAUUCUAACAAAGUGGAAGCAACUGGGAACAACAGCAACUUAGCCACAAAGUGGUAAGUCAUGUAAAAUUACAGAGCGGGGUCAUCUCAUGCUGAAGUGCACAAUGCGCAGAAGUCGCCAACUGUCUGCAAAGUCAAUAGCUAAAGACCUCUAAACUUCAUGUGGCCUUCAGAAAUCUUCAAGGAAUGGGCUUCCAUGGCCGAUCAGCUGCAUCAAAGCCUUACAUCAUCAAGUGCCAUGCAAAGAGUCGGAUGCAGUGGUGUAAAGCACGCCACCACUGGACUCUAG